AUGGGCUGCAUAAUUCGAGUCACGGCGUUGGCUCUUCUUCUACUCGCGCUUUUAGCGGCGCCGGGGUUCGUAACGCCGGGAUCCGCGAGGUCCCUCGCUCCGCGCCGCAGUCUUGCUCUUAAAGCCCAAUCACUUCUAAAGGCAACAGCAAUCAGACCAGUUUUGAUAACUGCUGAUUUGGGCGACGGCAAUGAAGUUGAUUUGGGCGGCAGCAGUGGCGGAGAUCUGGGCGGCGACAUUGGCGGAGAUUUGGGCAGCGACAUUGGCGGAGACUUGGGCGGCGGCGACGGCGGAGACUUGGGCGGCGGCGAAGGCGGAGACUUGGGCGGCGGCGAAGGCGGAGACUUGGGCGGCGGCGGAGGCGGAGACUUGGGCGGCGGCGGAGGCGGAUACUUGGGCGGCGGCGAAGGCGGAGACUUGGGCGGCGGCGGAGGCGGAGACUUGGGCGGCGGCGGAGGCGGAAACUUGGGCGGCGGCGAAGGCGGAGACUUGGACGGCGGCGAUGGCGGAGACUUGGGCGGCGGCGAAGGCGGAGGCUUGGGCGGCAGUGAUGGCGGAGACUUGGGUGGCGGAGAUUUUGAGCAGGGCGGUCCUGGCGGCGAGCAGGGCGGUCCUGGCGGCGAGCAGGGCGGUCCUGGCGGCGAGCAGGGCGGUCCUGGCGGCGAGCAGGGUGGUCCUGGCGGCGAGCAGGGCGGAUCUGGCGGGAAGCUGGGCGGACCUGCAUCGGAACCUAUACCUGUGUGUCAAACAGCAUGCCAUCCAGUGGCUUGA